AUGCAAGAAAACAAGGCUUUUCUCCCAGGAGGCACUUCGCCAGAAACUGCAUAUGACGGCGCACAGCUAAACAAUAUGGAAAUGGCGCCUACGACCUCAAAAUGGAACCCUAUGGGCUGGCAAAAGAAAUGGAAAAUUACUAGCAUCAUUGCAGCUAUCGUCGCCAUCAUCGUUAUCAUUGUUGCAGCAGUUGAGGGCAGCAAGAAUAGCAAGCCCAAGGCCUCGUAUCCGGAUUAUCAUGCCCUCAACUAUACGCUCGAAGAUAGAUGGCAAGGAACGAACUUCUUCGAUAACUUCGACUAUCACUCUACAUCAGAUCCCGCCAAUGGCUUUGUCAACUCUAAUAUAUAUCUNAGCUAUGUGGAUCAAGCCACUGCCAUAUCUACCAACUUGACAUACGCUGGCGACUCUUCUGCUUUCUUAAGAGCAGAUUCUACGGACGACAACGCAAAGAACGGUCGCAACUCCGUACGCAUCACAUCCAAGAAACAGUUCCACUCUGGCCUCUUCGUAUUCGACAUCAAGCACACCCCUUACGGUUGUGGAACAUGGCCUGCUGUCUGGCUUGCCGAUCCUAGCGAUUGGCCUGGAAAUGGAGAGAUUGAUGUCGUCGAAACCGUGAAUCAAGGAAACACUGGAAACCAGAUGGCUUUGCAUACCUCCAAAGGAUGCCAGAUGAAUGGCAGACGCGCCCAAACCGGCACUAUCCAUGGUACCAACUGCUACAAUGGCACCAACGACAACGCUGGCUGUGCAGUGAUGGGAGCUUCCAGCUCAUACGGCGCAGAAGCGAACGAUGAUGGCGGUGCAGUCUACGCAAUGGAGCUUCGCGACGCUGGCAUUCGUAUGUGGAUCUUCAACCGCGACUCACCUCCUGGAGAUCUCAGACCAAACAACGACACUACUCCUGACCCCUCAACAUGGGGUCUACCCAUUGCCGACUUCCCCAGCACCGACUGCGAUAUUGGCUCCCACUUCAAAAACCAAUCCAUCAUUGCAAACAUUGACUUCUGCGGUUCCUGGGCAAGUAGUGUUUAUUCGAGCCAAUUCAAAUGUCCUGGCAAGUGCGAGGACUUUGUCGCGACGAAUGCCACAGCCUUUCAGAAAGCUUACUGGGAAUUUGCGAGCUUCAGGAUUUACUCUGAGAAGGACGAGUAA